AACUACGCUCAGCGGGUCGGCGCCGGGGCUCCGGUGUACCUGGCGGCGGUGCUGGAGUACCUGACCGCCGAGAUCCUGGAGCUGGCCGGAAACGCGGCCCGCGACAACAAGAAGACCCGGAUUAUCCCCCGACACCUGCAGCUGGCGGUCCGCAACGACGAGGAGCUCAACAAGCUGCUGGGCGGAGUGACCAUCGCUCAGGGCGGCGUGCUGCCCAACAUCCAGGCCGUCCUGCUGCCCAAGAAGACCGACAAGGGCCCCAAGAAGUAG